AUGGCAACAACAAACAAAGAGCCGGGCCCUGAUGAGGGGAUUGCCGAUAUCAUGAAGCAAACUAGCAGUUUGCAUAUCGAUGACUUGGAGCUGGACCUCGAGCAUCAGGAAGCAAUACCCAUGGAGCCUGAAUGGGAAGACAUUGAAGUGCAUGUGUCUGAUUCACAAUAUGAAGUCAUUCAACGGCCAUUCGAGAUGAAUGAGAUCUUAUCUGUUCGGGCUGGCCCUGGACUGGGAAAGACAUUCACGCUCAUGGCUAGAAUUGCGAGAUUGCUAGGUGGAGACUUGCAGCCUCACGAGAUACUCGUGCUUUCUAUGGCAAAUCGUUCCGUCAGUGCAUUACAGAAGCACUUGGAGAACCUCGUGGGACCAGAAAUUGCAGGAAAUGUGGAAAUAUCUACCUUCCACUCGUUCUGUGGAUCCGUGGUUGAUCAAUAUGCUCAGAUUAUAAACCCAGACACGCCCAGAAGGCGACUUUUGGACCUGACAGGAUGGCGAAACAUUGCCGAAUUCUUCCUAUCAAAGUACGUGCUGCUCAAUGGACAUACCAUUGGGACUAACAUAUCAGUUGCAAAGUUUGAUAAACUCCUUAAUGACAUUGCAGAUGGCAACAUGACAACCAAACAAGCUCAAGAGAAGUUCAAAGUGCUGUCUCACUACCUUGAUGGUAUUUUCGAUUACAUGAAAAAACAUGGGAUGAUGAGAUACAACGAUCUUGUUGGUGUUGCACUUGAUGUGAUUGAGCAGUCGCUUAAGCAUGCCACUCAGGAGGCACUUCUACCUCGUAUUGCCUCCUAUAAAAUGGUGGUUGUUGACGAGUUUCAAGACAUGUAUCCACUUCUUCUUUCUGUUGUUAAAGCCGUGGCUGACUACCCAACCUACAACUUCGACAGGACCACGAACAAAAACUUGAUAAUCGCAGGCGAUCAAAAUCAAAGCAUUUACGAAUUCUUGGGCUCAAGUCCUAGAUCAAUGGAUCUGUUAUGUUCGCAACUCCCACAAAUGAAGAAAGUGGAGAUGUCAUUGAAUGAUUCGUUCAGAUGUACACAAGACAUUUUAGAUACCUCAGUGGGUGUCUGUUUCAAUAGGGAUAAUGAUGGAGAUGAUGGCCUCAAAUCACAAAAAGAUCUGACACUUUCGUCAAAACCAGUCUUGCUCUCCAGCAACAUGAAGGGCGAUCAUAAUGCUAUAGCAGAUGAAAUUGUCCGCCUUAUUUGCUGUCUGGGUGGCCUAAUUCGUCCGCGAGAUAUAGCGAUUUUGACCAAAUCCAAUGCUGAAGCUGUCAAAAUUCAAUUACUUCUACGAAAAGAAUACGGUAUCGAAUGCACUAAGAUCUCGCUGGGAAAUACAUGGAUCCAAUCCAGAGUCAGAUUGUUUCGUGACAUUCUUAGUGUGGUAACAGGUGAGUCUGAUGCUAGUUUCUGUCUUUUAAACAUCCUCAAGAUCUUGGACACAUCUCAAGGAGCGAAGCAAAGAGCGUCAAAGCUUUUUAGCCAGGCCAUUGCAUCAGAGAAAUCAUUUGAGCAUACUUUUUUUGAAGAUUUUAUUUUUGAGAAUCUUUCCAACGGCAAAAACUUCAACAAUUUAUUUGCCAAACUGUACAACUCCUUGAAAAACAUAGCAGCAUUCAUGAACCAAGUCCAAGAAGAAAGACUGGUAUUUCAUGCGAUUACCGAGGAGAACUUGAUCCAUUCGCCAAAGGCUGUUGUUCAAUGCCUACAUAGGUUUUCUUCCCUAAACGGAAUAAAAGAAUAUGUUGGUGGCCCUGACAAACUACCUGCUCGUGAAGUACUCACUUCGUUCAACGACUCCUUGCAUUACUGCUUCGAAACCUACAUGUCUCACAAGGACUUCCAGGAUCGUAGCUUUAUCGAAUACUUCCUUCAAAACUACGAUCAAGAGAUUCCCCCUCGCAACGAAGAUCUGGUUCAAGUUCUGACAAUCCAUUCUGCAAAGGGUUUGGAGUUUCCGGUGGUAUUCAUUCUGGGAGGCUUCGGAAAUACUUGGCAGUCGCUUCUCCGAGGCCAUGGCGAGGAAGGAAACAGCCAUGCAAGGUUACUUUACGUCGCGUGUACCAGAGCUAGAGAUCUUCUUUACUUGAGCACACCCAUUGGUGUGGAAGAGAUUGGAGACACAGCUAGGAGGCUAUUUACCACAAGUCUCCCAAAACUCGACGACUCUUCACCGACUUUAGCCACGGGGCUUCUAUACUCUCUGGGUUACUGGUAG